AUGGCCUCUGACUUGGAGCUCGCUUGCAUCUACCUGGCCCUCAUUCUGCACAAUGAUGAGGUGACGGUCAUGGAGGAUAAGAUCAAUGCUCUCAUUAAAGCAGCUGGUGUAAAUAUUGAACCUUUCUGGCCAGGCUUGUUUGCAAAGGCCCUGGCCAAUGUCAACAUUGGGAGCCUUGUCUGCAACCUGCGGGCUGGCGGACCUGCCCCAGCAGCUGGCACUGCACCAGCAGGAGGCCCUGCCCCCUCCACCACUGCUGCCCCAGCUGAGAAGAAAGUGGAAGCAAAGAAAGAAGAAUUGGAGUUUGAUGACGACAUGGGCUUUGGUCUUUUUGACUAAAUCUCUUGUAACAUGUUCAAUAAAAAGCUAAACUCUCAAAAA